UAUUGGUUCAGAACUUUUCUCUACAAAUGAUUCCAAGCAUAUAUACAAUUGGAUCUAUGUCUAUGAUUAUCACUAUAAUAUAACGCUAUUUUUUAAUAAUAAUAAUAAUAAUAAAAAAAGGAAUGAGUUAAUGAUGAAUUCUUUGUAUUGAAGAUAAGAGAUUUCCGUAUUUACCGAGUGUUAUUAUGAUCGUUGUUCAAAACUGGCAACAAAGUUCAGCAAGUUUUGUUUAUUUUUAGCUAUGGCGCUAUUAUUUAUAUUACUGUUAUGUUUUGUGAAUGUUAUUUAUUCUUUUCAGAACCAUGACAUUGAUGCUAAUGGUUAUAUUUUGUAUUGUCCAUGUAUGGGACGGUUUGGAAAUCAGGCAGAUCACUUUUUGGGUGCCUUAGCAUUUGCACAUGCACUGAACAGAACCUUGGCUCUUCCUCCCUGGGUGGAGUACAAGCCUGGACACUCCAGAUCGGUACAAAUACCAUUUGAUACAUAUUUUAAAGUUGAGCCUUUGCAACAGUACCAUCGAGUUAUCACAAUGGAAUAUUUCAUGCAAAACAUAGCUCCUAUUAUCUGGCCCAAAGGAAAAAGAAAAGUGUUUUGCUACAUGGCCAGGGGAGGUAGUGAUCAUUGCAAUGCAAAAGAUGGCAAUCCAUUUGGUCCUUUUUGGGACACAUUUGAUGUUGAUUUCGAUGAAUCUGUAUUUUAUCAACCCCUUCAUUAUGAUGUACACUACAGAGACACGGCUCGCUUAUGGAAUGAAAAAUUUCCACCAAAUGAUUUUCCUGUUCUGGCUUUCACAGGAGCUCCCGCAACUUUCCCUGUGCGUUCGGAAGAUCGCGAACUUCAACAGUACCUUGUAUGGAGUGAUGCAGUUUUGAAGGAGGCAAAGACUUUUAUAAGUGGCAUGGUGCCUAGAGGGCCCUUUGUUGGUAUUCACUUGCGUAAUGGCCCAGAUUGGGUUCGGGCAUGUGAGCAUAUUGAACACAGCCCAUUGCUGUUUGCUGCCCCUCAGUGUCUGGGAUAUCAGAAUGAGUUUGGUCAGGCUACCCCUGAAUUGUGCUUUCCUACAAAAGAUAUAAUUCUCAGGCAGCUCAAAAGCAAAGUCAAGGCUUUGAAAGCUAAGGCUGUAUUUGUUGCAUCUGAUCAUGAUCACAUGAUUAGUGACAUUGAGAAAUACAUGAAAGAUUUAAAGGUGAAGGCUUAUAAGUUACCAGUUUCCAACCCUCAUGUGGACCUGGCAAUCCUGGGUCUUUCGAAUCACUUCAUUGGCAACUGCAUCUCCUCAUUCACAGCAUUUGCUAAAAGGGAGCGAGAUGCCAAUAACCUCCAGUCAUCUUUCUGGGCUUUCCCAGCCCCCACAAAAACACCCAUUACCCAUGACGAGUUUUAGAACAAAACAAUUUGUGAUAUAUUUUUGUACCAUUUUUGUAAUAAAAUAAUUUU